CUAGUGCUUUUCUGUCAAUAUUAAGGAAUUAUUUACUCAAAACAUGCUCCUAUAUUUUGCUGAAUAGUCACUCAUAGGUUUUUGUCUCAAGUAUACUAAUAUAUUUGCUCUAGAAAUUAGACCAAUCAUUCUGUGUUAUCGGUCUCUAUGAAAUUCUAGUUUCACUCUUUAAAUUGAAUGAAUGAAUGAAUUAAAUUAACUUUUCAGUGAUGAUCUAAUUUUUGGGGUUGUGUACUCAGGACAGCACCACCAACCAGGAGAAGCACUUACAAAGAAGCAUAACUUGUUCAAAAGCACUCCAGUUCAAUCUCAUUACAUUUGCAUUAUCCUUGACACAACUGGCAGAAAAUUUAUGAUUAUUAUCUCCAACAACAGGAGGUAAUGAUCCUUUCAGCUCUGUAGCUUCCUGUGAGCCAUACUGUAGAAAUCAGAUUGCUUCUCACCAUUUGAAGUCUAUUCAGCUUUUAAUUGAACUUGUUUCAGUUAUUUCCAUUUUUCUCAUCUAUUAGAUCUAGUCCUGUUUAUGCAAUAUGACAAGCCUGCCAACGAUUUGCUCAUCCACAUUCAUGUAAUCCAAGCAUUUGCUGAGGAGAUUAAAAAGCUUUAACCACUUGGUCCCAUUUCAAUUAGAAAAUAAUGUGCAAAUGCACAAAUAAAUCUUUUAAAACAAUCAGAUUUUCAUAUUUUCUUCUUUGCUCAGGUUGCUUUGUGAGCUUUUUAACUGGAUGGACUCAUAGAUUAGGGAGUUUUAACAUGAAGCAAGCUCUUACCAGAAGUCAUCUGUUACAGAUGACUCCAUGGCUGUUGCUCCAGGUUUGCUGCAAAGCCUAAAUUUGUGCUUGGGAGGGCGGGAUAAUCAUAACCUCGCCUCAGGCAAAAUAUGUACAUAAGCUGUGAAAAAGGGAACACUUUCAUGUUUCAGCAAGCUGGCUGACAGACUUUGGCUGUGUUCUCUGGGAGGAGUCACAGAGAGGCUGUUUACAUCCAUUCAGCUUUAAACAGAUACUCAGGAUUAGUUCAGAACUGGAAAGGAUUACUGUAGUGCGGAGGACAAGACCUGCAAGAUGCACUGCUAUGAGAGCGUGGUGAACUAUCUGAGCUGUGGGAUGCUGCUGGCAGGACUUCUUCACCUGAUCAAUCACAGGAAGGCACAGGCCUCCUAUGGACGCCACAUGAAACCCACCGCUCCAGCUAUUCUGGUCCCUGCCAGAGUUGCCUGGUUCCUGCAGGAGAUGCCAGCUCUUCUGAUGCCGCUGCUGCUGAUGCACCUUUCACGCCAAUAUUCUACUAUGGGGAGAGCCAUAUUGCUAAAGACCUUCUGUCUGCACUAUUUCCACAGGACAUUUGUGUAUUCCCUUCUGACCAGAGGACAGCCUUUCCCUCUGAGUGUGAUGGCCACAGCAGGCUUCUUCUGCUUGUUGAACGGUUCUCUGCAGGGUCACUAUCUGCUGCACUGUGCCCAGUUUGAUGAGGAAUGGUCAGCUGACUACCGCUAUACAAUUGGCUUAGUGGUGUUUUACAUCGGAAUGGCCAUUAAUAUACACAGCGAUUACAUUCUGCGCAACCUGAGGAAACCUAAAGAGAUAGUUUACAAAAUUCCAGCAGGAGGCUUAUUUGAAUAUGUGUCUGGUGCCAACUACUUUGGGGAGCUGGUGGAGUGGUUUGGCUAUGCCAUAGUGACAUGGUCCCUUCCAGGGUUCUCGAUCGCUGUUUUUAGCCUCUGUUUUAUUGGACCAAGAGCCUAUUACCAUCACAAGUACCUACAAUAUUUUCAAAAGAUUAAUGAUCCCUGUUUUUGUACUGUCGUUUAUUUUAUUCCUAAUUUCUCUUAUCUUCGUUACAGGUUUUAUAAGGAACAUUUUAAAGAAUACCCCAGGUUUCGAAAGGCUUUGAUUCCAUUCAUCUUCUGAAACAUCCUCUCAUUAACUUUUGUUGGGGAACGGUUCUAGUUUUAGCUCUAGAACACCAAAUGCAUGAUAUUUUAGACACAUAUUUCUGAGAUCUCUAGUUUUAAGAUUGUUCUUUUUAAAGAUGUGCUGUGCUGAGGAAACCAGAGUACCCAGAGGAAACCCACACAUAAAGGGGGAAACCAUGCAAACUAAAUGCACAAAGCCUGCAGACUGGAAUUCAAACCCAGAACUUUAUUGCCACAAUUUGCUCACCAUGCAGCCCUUGAUCUAUUCAUGCCUUGAAGAAAAAGAACACACUCUCCUCACCUGAGGGCAGAUGUGGCUCACUGGGUAGAGUAAUAAUUUUGAAAUGGGAAUUUGUGGGUUCCAAGUCAAGUCAAGUCAAGUUUAUUUAUAUCACACAUUUCAGCAACAAGACAGUUUGAAGUGCUUCAUACCAUAAAAACAUAAUAAUGCAGGUUCCAGCUUUCUCCUGUCACAUGUUGAUGUUCCACUGCUCAAGGCACUUAACCCCGAGUUGCCUACUUGUCUGCGUAUCAGUGUAUGCAAUUGUGUGUGUUGGUGAUUGUGACUAGAAGAAUGUGAUUUUUGUGCACUUUAGGGUUUUUAAACCAUUUUGAGUUUUCAGUAUUACAAGAAAAAGACUAUAAAUUCAGUGUACCAUACAGAUGUUUGCUGUGCCUUUAUGGAUGUGUUUGAGGCCUCUACUAUUUUUAAGAAAGUUAAUGUUUUCCUCAAACUCAUUCUGUAUCAAAUUGUAUCUGUGCUUGUUAUUUGCCCCCUGAUGGAGGAUCUAGUCAGGUGUUCCCAGUCCAUCCUUUACAGCACAAGUGUCAAACUCCAGUCCUGGAGGGCCACUGCCCUCAAACUUUUAGAUGUGCCUCUGUUGCACCCCACCUGAAUAAAAUAAUUAGGUCAUUAGCAAGGCUCUGGAGAACUUAUUUACACAAGAAGGAGGUAAUUAAGUUGUUUCAUUCCAGUAUUUUGUACCUCUAAAAUCUGCAGGACAGUGGCCCUUGAGGACUGGAGUUUGACACCCCCGCUUUACAGCUUCAGUCCCUCAACUUCUAAAUGCAUCCAUGUUUCAUCAUACUUGAGUCAAACAGCUGAAUUUACCUUCUGAGCAUAUGUUUGGGUUUUGCAAAUUCUCGUUUUUGGAAGAAUAAAGGUGCUGGUUUCGACUCCCUAUCUGGGGUCUUUCUGCAUGGAGUUUACAUGUUCUCCCUGUGCAUGCAUGGUUCUCUCCUGGUACUCCCACAAUUCAAAUACAUAACUGUUAGAUUAAAUGGUAUCUAAAUUUGUUUAUAUGAGGGUGUGGUUCCAUGGUUGUUUUUCUCUGUGUUGUCCUGAGAUGGACUGGGGAUCUGUCCAAUGACCACUGGAGAAAGGCACCAACCCCUUGUGACCAUGAAAGAAAGUAAGCAUGAAAACUCUUUUUUUUGGCAGAUGGCUUUAGGAAUCUGCAUCCAAAUUGUGGUUUCAACCCUCUUAACACCUAAUUUAUCUUUUAUACACUGAUAAUUCUGAAACCUUUUGAGGCCAUUCAAGGUCAAAACCCUUGAUGACAGAAUCUUGUUUUUGCUUUAUGACGCCUUGUGGAUGCUCUCAGAAUUGCAGGUACGAGUGCCAUCUUUUAUUCAGGAAUCCAAAAUGACUGUACGCACAAAUAAACACCAAAACAAACUAACAAAAAAGAGCUUUUAAUAGUGUCCAGCAACUCAUAACAACCUAUUGUUUCAUUAAAUGUUAUAUACACCAAUAUGCACUAUACAGUGAUGUAUGCAAAUCUGGAACCAACUUCCAGAAAACUGCAAAACAGCUGCAUUACUGAGUUCCUUUAAAUCAAGGCUAAACCCUCAUGUGUUAGAGUUACCUUUGAUUCGUAGUUACAGGAACAUUGAUGAUUAUAUUUAAUUUAUAUAUAUGUGAUGAUUUUGAUGAUGGCAUUUGAUGAAAUGUAAUGUUUAUUACUUGUUUCAUAACUGGAUACUGUGUGAUAUGUUUAUGGUGUAAAGCACUUUGAACUGUCUUGUUGCUAAAAUGUGAUGUUCAAAUAAACUUGACUUGACUGGACUGGAAGAAAACUGUGAAGUAAAGGCAUUUAGUAUUUUUAUUCAGGUCUGUUUUAUUGGUCAGUGGAUCAAAUGUUUUUGUUUUUUUUUAAGGAAAUUUCAUAACUUACUAUAUAUAAUGUGCCCACAUCAAAACUGCAAUUUUAUUUAUUUUUUAAGAGAUGAAAGAAGUAUUAUUUAAUUAGAAUUUGACAUUUAUUUUGUAAAUAGUCAAUAUAUAUUUAAAAAAAGUAACAAAGAAAUCAUUUUAGAAGAAAAACAGUGGGAGUCCAUUCAGUGUUUCAUGAAACUUUGCUAAAGUUUUUUAAAGGUGAGUAAUAACCAGUUCAACUUAAAAAAAAAAGUUUGAUGUUCUGAUUCUCUGAGGCAGGAGUUUGUUCUGUAAACGGUGGGUUGCUAGUUCAAAUCCCCGGUCCAUCUGUUAGAUGAAUGGAUGACUAAUUGUAGUGUAAAGCACUUUGACCCUCUGAACUAGGAACUAUAAAAUUUCAGACCAAUUACCAUUAUUUCUGGUAUUAGGCUUUACGCAGUUCAACAUUGUAACUCAUUUUAUAAAAUUUUAUUCAGAGUUGUUGUAGAUGCUGAUGGCUCUGGGUAGGAAGGAUAUUCUGUAGCAGUCUGUAUUACAGCAGCUUUGAAGAAACCUCUGAGUAAAAACUAUUUUUGUUAUGAUGAAGAGGAUGCUAAGGAUUGUCUGAAAUUUUCCUGGUUUUAUAAAAAGUUCUUCUUUGCACCAUCAUCUCCUGAGCAAACCAGAAAACAGCCAAUCUUCUUUAUCGGCUUGUUGAGCUUUUUUCACCGACUCUUUUGUCCCUUGCUCUGAUGCUGUUGCCCCAACAGAUGAUGACCAUAGAGAUUACACACUCCAAAACAGACUUAUAGAAGAUAUGCAGCAUCCUGCUGCAAACACUGAGGGACCGAAGUGCAAGAUGAAUGCAUAUAAACUUCUGACCAGUACUCCUAAUAUUCAAUUAUGCUCUGCUGAUUGCAAACAGUAGUACAUGAACAAAACUGUUCUGUGUUUAUGUGUUGCACUAUUCAAAAUGUAUUUUAAUUUAAAAAAAUAAUUUAUUGCAAAGGAAAAAUAGAUAUUGUAACUGAUAUUAAAGUGUCUUCAGAAAGUUGUCAUGGAUGGUGAUGCUGUGGACAGGAAGGAUCUUUGGUAGCAGUCAGUAUUGUAAUAAAUCUGAAAAGUGUUCUCACUGAAGACUGAAGAACAUUCUGAAGGCUGUUAUGACAUGCUAACAGCUCAAUAUCUGGGCAGUAGAGACAAUGUUCCACAGUAAUAUGUCCUGGAUGAGACCAUAUGUUGUUAACAAGCUCUGCCAAUCCUCAUUUGCUUUUGCUGCUCCUCUUUAUAUCUCUUUCUGGCCAUAUGGUUAGAAAGACAUUGGAGUUGAGGAUAAUACUCUUUAUGAUCCAUGGAAGAGAUGGUUGUAACUUCCUGCUUCCUGCUGAAGACCAACAUUCCCAAAGCAUGAUGGUGCCACCAUUUUGCUUUACAGUGGGGAUGCUUUAUUGAUGUGUAUUAAUUUACUGCCAGAGUGUUCUGCAUGCUGAAUAAUAAUAGUAAAAAUGUAAUUUACUGUUUACAUAAAAUAAUAAUAAAAUAAAAAAGAGUGU